AUGCGAGCUUCUGUAGAAGUAAAGCCGAUCCUUUAUGUUGCGGAGAAUGUGGGGACUGAGAGUGAUCACAUUCUGCCAGAGCUAGCUUCGAAAACGGCACAAAGUUAUUGGGGUUUUCAGCAUGAAGACUGGCAUGAUAUUUGCCUUCAGGAAUGUGUUGUUAAUGGAAAAAUAUGUGCGGUCAUCCUAUCGGUUACAGAUCAACUGGCUGCGAAGGUCUGUUCUAAAUCUGCAGGCAUUAAUCAGGAUGACAUGGACCAUAAAACUUUAAUCACAGGGGAGCAAAUGGAAAGAAUAGCACGAUUUUGCAUAUAUCGUCUUGAUUAUUUCCUUUUGGAAAACUCUCUUUCUUGGGACGAUGUAACGAACUCUCCUCCUCAAUAUUCUAAAUCACCUGACUUUCAUGGUGACAGUUUUUGUGGACCUAAAAAUUUGAGGUUCUAUUUUGCAACGGGUCUUCAUAUAUCUCAUGGAACAUUGUCACUCAUCUUCACCCACGCAUUCAAGGAAUUUUCCGAUAUGAGUCAGAGAAUUAAGAUUCAUAAGGAGCCCAUUUUCAACCUUGUUCCUGUCUUGGGUGCAGGAAGCUCUGCAGCAUCUAUAGACGACAUAAUUACCUGUGAGCUAUUUGCCAGUAAGUCUUAG